AUGACAUCGAUCACUCCCCCCGGUCUCGAUGGCGCGAGAAUCUGGAAGAUGUCAGCGCCUGAAUGGAAGUUCCUGCUUGCCGGUUCUCUCGGCGCUAUUGUGAACGCGGCGGUGUUCCCAGUGCAGGGCGUUCUAUUGGUGAACGUCAACGUGCUCUUUCUCAAUGUUAACUACACCAAGGGCCAGAUGAUGGACGAGGCGCGAUGGUGGGCGCUUGGCUUCGUCAGUCUGGGAUGCAUGCUCACUGUCGUCCGAAGCAAUCGGGUCCAUUCGAACGGUCGCUUCAUUCAGUAUGAAAAAGCUCUCAAUACGAUUUACGUGAGCUACUGGAGCGUCUCGAAGGAAGCUGCCGUCAAGAUUGGCGUCAUCGGAGGCAUGGCGUUCGCUAUCUCGCAGGGCGCGAUUACGUUUGCCACUGGAAUGGCUGCGCAAGGAGCGACAGAUGGAUUCAAGGCCAUACGAUCGGCUCGACGUGUUGUCAAAGCCAUCGACCGCAAGCCACUGAUCGAUGCAACUUCGGGCACUGGUCGUUCGCUCGACCAUGUGACCGGCAACAUUGUGUUUCGCGACGCGGAGUUCGCGUACCCCGCUCAUCCCGACGCCAAGAUCUACAAGAACUCACCGACAACAUCGGACUCGGCAAGCCUUCUUCGGCGUGAGGAGCCUUGUUCGACGCGAGAAGAGAUCAUUGUGGCGGCAAAGCAAGCCAACGCGUUUGACGUUAUCAGCAAUAUCUCGAAAGGCGUUGACACGGAUGUCGGCGACCGAGGAGCUCAAGUAUUGGGCGGUCAGAAGCAUGACGACCAACUGAAGUCAAGUUAG